AUGGAUGAAGAUGAGCUCAAACACGUGGAAGCCAAUCUCGUUUGCUUCAAAGCAAGCUACAAUUCCGAAACUCAGAUUGAAGCCACAAGCCAGCAGCUCAAGGAGUCGGUCUGUGACCUGCUGAAAGCCAACGUGCUGGACCAGUAUCACGAAGCAGAGCCUGAGAAGGUGGCUGCCAAUAUCGGGCUGGCUUCUGCCACACUCCUCGAUGCCUACUGGAAGGACACAGCAAAGUCCAAAGACUUUGAGUUUGGCAACAAAUUCCGGCCCUACCGCCCUCAGUUGAACGAGGAAGAGACUGAUCGCGGUACCAGUCACGAUCAAGCCACGAACCGUAUGGCCAUGGCUCUUCAAAGCGUACAGGCAGGCAUAGAGGAGUACAUCCGCCAGGCUCGCCGGCUCCGUGUGCUCGGCAUUGUGCAAUCCUUAUUCGCGUUUGCCCAGGAUUUGGAGGCCGGUCAUAAGCCAAAUGCUCCAACUUGUAGUGUUUGCGGCUCGCAGGACAACACUGAGAUAAAGGACCUCAGCCUCUUCAUCACCUGUGGCCACCUACUGUGCUCAGGAUGCGUCACAGCACAUGAGAAUCAGCAUCAUCAGGUCGAGAGCACUGCGGGCGAGGUUCUAUGCCCUGUCGACUCGUGCUCUGCGAUGGCUCGCUCUGCCCUCGUCCCCUGCACGCAGCUCAUUUCUGCCACGGCAGCCUCAACUCUCGAUUUUGAGGGCAAGAGCGCCAAGGUCAUGAAGAUUCUGGACGUCAUACGCACCGACGUCAAGGACGAUGAGAAGGCUCUCCUGUUCGUCGGCAACAAGAAGCUCAAGGCCCAGCUCUUCGACGCGCUCGCGGAGGACGACAACGUCGAUGUGUACAUGACCACCGGCACACACCACGAUACUGACGCCAUCCGAUACUUCAAAGAGCCCAAUGAAAACGGCAAAACCAAGGUCCUCGUCCAGAGCCUCAUGUCCGAGGAGUCCGCCGGCACGAACCUCACCGAGGCCAACCACAUCAUGUUUGCUGCGCCCCUGCACACCGACAGACGCAACCACUACAUGUACAUGCGACAGGCCCGGGGCCGCGCCAUCCGCUUCGGCCAGACCCGGCCGGUGAAGGUCUACCACUUCGUCACGGCGCACACGAUGGAGGUUGACGUCCUGGAGCACCGACUCAGACACAAGCUGCUCAUCCCCGAGGGCGGCGACCGCAUGCCCCUCGACGACCUCGACUACAAGCUCUACGCUCUAGACACCCGAGCUGCUUCCAGAGGCCCGCCGAGUGCCACCAAAGAAGCCUCUGCUGCUACUACGGUCUCACCCGCGUUGAGAAGAAUCCGACCUUACAUUGACGAAGUGGAAACCAGGAAGCUUCUCGACUCGCAGGAGUAUGAUGAGUGGCAGGAUAGGCUUGAUGUGCCGCCCUCAGAAGCUACCAAACAGGCACCUUGGUUCCGGAGCCAGGUUGUCGAGCAGUCUGCUCAUGAGAAGGUGUAUGAUGACGAUGUCGAGGUCGGAAAUUGA